UAUGACGUCGUCAGCCGAAGCUCGGAGGUGUUUAUUGUUCCUUCCCAUCGAAGAUAGAACGAAGACUAGCGAGGCAAAACGCUAACGAUUACCGAUACAAUUUUCAUACAGUUUCAAGUAGCGAAGCCACAGUAAACGGCCGAGGCAGGUUGACACAGGACCCAGUGGCCAUGGCAUAUGCUUACCUCUUCAAAUACAUCAUUAUCGGAGAUACGGGUAAGUAGUCACUGGUAGCAAAGAUUGCUAACGGAGCUAGCAGCUAUCUUUUAUUUCCGCAGUGGUGGAGAGUCCAGUGACGUGGUAAAAGCGGAGACGCAAGGGUUGGGAUGACAUAUCUAUUUAUCGCUUGCUAACAUCGUUAAUAGUAUGCCAUUCGCUUGUCUUUAACGUGAAAUAGAAAACAUUAUUUGCACAAUUUGUGGUCAGCUAGUGUGCUAAUUUAGCAACUGUUGACAUCACAUCCAACAAGCUGACGGCCUACUGUCUUUCCGCUGUGCGUUGUGAGAGUGGUGUUAUGCUACCGUACUAGGCUAACGUCGUUGGUUGGUUAGCUAGCUAGCUACUGUAGCUAACGUUAGCUGUUUACAGCGACAUCAAUAACCGUUAUCUAAUUUGACACCCCUCCACAACAUGGGUGCUUGCACAGACCAUGUCAGCCCCUUUGGACUCAUUCACAUCAAUGUUUUGGGCUUUCUGUUUUUUUGCGAGCUUGUAACUGAGCCACAAAGCAAGGCCACAAGCGUCAAGUCCUCUCCCUCGAAAUUGAGUUUUACAGAGUUUUGGUACGGUUGCCUACGGCCGCCUCCAUGGCUAGGGUUUUACUGUAGCGGUCUUUCAUGGUCGUGUUUAACUGAGAUAAUGUACUCUUACACGGGUGUUGCGUCAAUAAUGUUACGCAGUUUGCUGUCAUUUGUUGUUGCUAGAUGAGGGCCUAGAACAGUAACCGAGGAAAUAUCGUGGAUGCUGCCAAAGCAAGCCUAUAUAUAUUUGACAGAUAACUUCCUGUAGGUUGUUAGAAGCACUCAACGUAGGUACUUGUUUAUCAAAAACAGUGCAACUAGCUGUGUGCUUCAUCAUCUUAUUUGGUUAGAUCAGUGUUAUUAUACAUAUUUUGCUUAACAGCUCAACCUGGAUCCUUGUUGAAAUAGCCUAUUAGCUCUGCAUUUUUCCCAGUGCAAAAGAGAUACUGAGAUAGGUUACCUUUAACUAUCUCUGACUAGAGAGAAUGUCAGUGUAUGAUGACGCAGAGAAAUAAACACAUGUCGCUGGUCCACCUGACAUGAAGUGUACCUGUAACCUGGUUAGUAUCUCAAGUCCACAGAGAGUGAUGCUUAGACUUCCAUCACUUCAGUGAUUGAUCACUAAGGCCUGUACAUUCAAGGGUGUAUGAGGCCUUUAAAAGUAACAACUUACUGAUUUACUCUGUUUAAAAGUAUCAGUGAAGUGUAUCCUACACACAGGAAAGCCAAAAACAUAUUUAGCAGCAUGAGCCCCUGCAUUUCUCUAAGAUGAAAGGGCAGAAUUCGACUUGAAGUAUUUGUUGACAGCAUAUCAUAUGAUGCUUGUUUCAAUACCAGAGACGCCAUUACCAACCCAAAACUCAGCGGUUAGCGUUUGGGAGUAGUACAGAUCUGUCAGUGCAUUAUUUUCCAGACUUGCCUACAUCCAGGAGAGUGUUUAAUUUUUUAUUUUUUUUUAUUUAACCUUUAUUUAACCAGGUAAGCCAGUUGAGAACAAGUUCUCAUUUACAACUGCGACCUGGCCAAGAUAAAGCAAAGCAGUGCGAUUUAAAAACAACAACACAGAGUUACAUAUGGGGUAAAACAAAACAUAAAGUCAAAAAUACCACAGAAAAUAUAUAUACAGUGUGUGCAAAUGUAGCAAGUUAUGGAGGUAAGGCAAUAAAUAAAGAGUUAGGCCUACUCCUUAAGUUUAUUUGUGUAAUUACUCAUUACUAGAGUUUCCUGACCAGAAACUAGGGCCAUGAGUUUUUAGUUCACAGGAAAAAAAAAUCCCAGCCCUACUUAGAAAUACUAUUGCAACAGCUCAGCCGCAAACGGGCCCGCUGAAGCUCGUAGCACGUAAAAAUUGUCUGUCCUUGGUGCAACACUCAUUACAGAGUUCCAAACUGCCUCUGGAAGCAACGUCAGCACAAUAACUGUUCGUCGGGAGCUUCAUGAAAUGGGUUUCCAUGGCCGAGCAGCCGCACACAAGCUUAAGAUCACCAUGCGUAAUGCCAAGCGUCGGCUGGAGUGGUGUAAAGCUUGCCGCCAUUGGUCUCUUGAGCAGUGGAAACGCGUACUCUGGAGUGAUGAAUCACGCUUCACCAUCUAGCAGUACGACGGUCGAAUCUGGGUUUGGCGUAUGCCAGGAGAAUGCUACCUUCCCGAAUGCAUAGUGCCAACUGUAAAGUUUGGUGGAGGAGGAAUAAUGGUCUGUGGCUGUUUUUCAUGGUUUGGGCUAGGCCCAUUAGUUCCAGUGAAGGGAACUCUUAACGCUACAGCCUACAAUUACAUUCUAGACAAUUCUGUGCUUCCAACAGUUUGGGGAAGGCCCUUUCCUGUUUCAGCAUGACAAUGCCCCUGUGCACAAAGCGAGGUCCAUACUGAAAUGGUUUGGCGAGAUCGGUGUUGACUGGCCUGCACAGAGCCCUGACCUCAACCCCAUCGAACACCUUUGGGAUGAAUUGGAACGCCGACUGCGAGCCAGGCCUAAUCGCCCAACAUCAGUGCCCGACCUCACUAAUGCUCUUGUGGCUGAAGUCCCUGCAGCAAUGUUCCAACAUCUAGUGGAAAGCCUUCCCAGAAGAGUGGAGGCUGUUAUAGCAGCAAAGGGGGGGACCAACUCCAUAUUAAUGCACAUGAUUUUGGAAUGAGAUGUUCGAUGAGCAGGUGUCCACAUAUGUUUGGUAAUGUAGUGCAAAUUGCCUGGAUUCAUGCGAUAACAAUAAAUAGAACGAUACGUUUGUCUCUCCCGAGUGGCGCAGUGGUCUAAGGCACUGCAUCGCAGUGCUAGCUGUAGCACUAGAGAUCCUGGUUCGAAUCCAGGCUCUGUCGUAGCCGGCCGCGACCGGGAGACCCGUGGGGCGGCGCACAAUUGGCCCAGCGUCGUCCAGGGUAGGGGAGGGAAUGGCCGGCAGGGAUGUAGCUCAGUUGGUAGAGCAUGGCAUUUGCAACGCCAGGGUUGUGGGUUCGAUUCCAGUAUAAAAAAUAAAAAUGUAUGCACUCACUAACUGUAAGUCGCUCUGGAUAAGAGCGUCUGCUAAAUGACGUAAAUGUAAUAACAAUGUGCACCACAGUAAAAAAAAAAUAGCCCUUAAACUAUUACUACUGGUUUGAUGGUUGUAGCCAUCAAUGGUCCCAUUAACAAUCACCCAUAUUAGCAAACUUAUUUCAUUUCAAACUUCACAUUUCCCUAGGAUAGGGUACUUAUCGUAAUGAACGAUAUCAGCAAAAUGUCUGCGAUAAGUGAUCGGUAUGGUUGGUGUCAAUAUCUUUCAGUUUAUCGUCCCAGCUCUAUGCUCUGUACACAUUUAAGUAGCCUAGGCCCAUGUCCCUUUCUGUCCAAAAAUUAUUUUACGCCUAGACCUCAGCAUCUAGCUAAUUAGUAGAAAGACAAUCAUUAAACAUCUAUAAAUGAGAGUUUUCCCUCUCUGAACGCAGGCAUGAAAGACAGAGCAUACUGGGAGCAGAUAUCACUCCUGUUGUCCUCUCUGCCUCUGAUACUAAGCCUAGCAGUAAACAGACUUGUCCAGUUGUAACACCACAGACCUGUGUCAUCCCCUGGCUUCACUGUGGGCCAUCAUGUGAGCACCUGCAACCCAAGCUAUCAAAUUGCUCACUCCCAUUCUACAUGACUGCAGUUUAGGUAUGGCUAUCCCAGCUGAUGGAGCUGUUAGAUAUAUCCUGUUGGUUAAUAGGCUAGAUGAGGUGAUUGUGGAGAAUCCCCACCUGUCCAAAAGGAUGGGUGUUUUUCUCAGCCUCCAUAACCUAGUGUUUUCACAAUGGAUUAAAUGGCAACUUUGUUUAUUUUCACACCAGUGCCAAAUCAAAUGCAGAAUUUCAAUGAGUGAAGUUUUAUUUGUCAUAUGCACAGAAUACACAUGGUACACAGUACAAUGAAAAGCUUUUUGGCAUAUCAUUAAAAAGCAACAGCUGUUUUCAAAGAACCAUAUGCACCACAGAACACUAGAUAGAAUCACACUUCAAAGUAUGGUAUGCUCAUCUCAUUAUUUUCACCAUAGCAAUUAGCCUACAGGUUGCUUAGGCUAAUCUUUGAUUUGGCAGGCCUGUCUAAUUGAACUAGCAGUACCACUGUUUGUUUGACGAUAAUGACCUGACCACUAAAGAACCAGAUGCACACAUCUAUUCAGAGCUAGAGGCUGAUUGGCUAGCAGGUGCAUGGUAAUGUUGUGUAAUGGUGACUUUGCUUUGUUGUUUCUGUACAUCCUUCUCAUGAUGUCUUCCAUCACCCUGGCUCCCCUGCUUAGCAACGCCGGUGGUAACCCAUAGAAACACUAAUGAAAGCCUUCUCUGGUGUCCUGAAGGUUUCACCUGUUUGUAGGGCUUUGACGAUACCAGUAUCAUCUCAAUAUUUUUUCCAUGGCAAAAAUGAAAACACUAAGCAGACAACUCUUUGGUCCUUCAAAAACCUGCUGUAUGUAAAAUAUUGUGUGCUAUAGCUUGGAAAAUAAAUAAAUAUGACUCUGGAUGACAACAUAAUGAUGUUUGUUUCCAACAUUAGGGCUGUUUUCCUACAGAAGUUAAACCUGCUUCGUGCUGCGUUUCCUUUUCCACAAUACUAACGAGUAUCGCGAUACCGGUAUCGUCCCAGCCCUACUUGUUUGCAUUGUAACCAUGUGUUGCUGCACACAGCUUUUCACAGGUCCCUCCUCCACUGUAUGGCGGUGUGUUUCACGGUCACAUUUGAUUAUUUUCUCUCACACAGGAGCACAUCACACAUUAUUUUUAGGCCUGAGUCUACAAAGAAUUGAUUUGGCUACCAAUCAUUAGGCACAUUUUUGCAGUCAUUAUAGUCUGUGCUACCUAGGAGUAUCUUGGUUUCAUCACACCAAACAACCUCAUGAGUCAUGGCAUUUGACAUUAUGGAUAACAUAGCCGGCCCUAUCAGGAGCGUCCUCAUCAUGUUGACAUGGCCUCUAAUAUAGGUCCUUCUGAAGAAACUAUCUUGAAAGAAAUCACUCUUCUUAACCACAGAUCUAAGAUCAGAUAACACUAUCCCACUCCCAAACUGAACCAUUGAGGGGAUGUAACAAUAUCUGACCCUGAAUCUGUGGUUUACAGCAUCCUCUAACUACUCCAGAAAUGCAUGAUAAUCAGAAUUCUACUUGUUUGACCAGCCACCUGCCAGAAGCAUCUUGAUAUGCUAACUAGAGCGAAGGCUCCAGCAGGACUGACUGAGCUUUUCUACCAUUGUGUGGGUGUAGGGCCUGAUACAGUCUGACAUUUUACUCUCUCUUUCUAUUACUCUGAUGUCUAACAUCAUAUUAAAGACUGAGAUUCAGUGACUUUCAUGUGCGUGAGACCAGAUGCUGGAAAUUGCCAGGGACUUCACAAUACGAUAUUAUCAUGAUACUUAGCUGCUGCUAUGAUAUGUAUUGCAAAUCUCACGAUUCUAUAUAUAUUGCGAUUUGAUAUUCCAAACGUAUUGCUCACUUAUAUGUCUGCUGCAGAGAGACGAGAGAGCAUGAGAAAAUGAGUUUUGAUCAGUCAUGGAAAUAAGUGCUGAAAACAUGUUGGCUCACUAUUUAAAAAGAAGAUGGAGGACAAGCUAUAUGAUGAAAAGUACCAGAGUUUUGGCAUAGGUUCAGCCGACUAGCGUGGUUGGUUUUACAAAGCGUGUGUGUGUGACUUGCCAAUGUUAGUCGUGGGCAAUUCCACAGUAAUGGAAUUACGCUGAGACUCAGAUUUUUCACUUUAAAAUGUGUGCCAAACAAAAUCCAUUGAUUUCAACGUUUAACAAACCAUCCAACAAGGAAUACUUUUAACAAUUUACACAGAAAAUUUGGCUAAAACACAUUUACUUGGAAGAACAGUGCAGAUGCAACGUUUGCUAACAGAUUAAACUGUCAUUUUGUUAUCAAACUUUGCAUCUUCACUGUAAUUCCAAUAAAUGUGUUUUUGUCAAAUGUUCUGUCUGAAUUGUUAAAAGUAAUCCUUGCGCAUAGAGUUGUAUGGUUUGUUAAACUUUGAAAUUUAUAAGUGAAAAAUCUGAGUGUCAGCAUAAUUUCCUUACUGUGGAAUUGCCCCUAUGCAGACGGAGUGACUAUUUGUUCCUCUGUUUUUAAAUGCGCAUGUUGUUUUGUUUUGCAGGUGUGGGGAAAUCAUGCCUAUUAUUACAGUUCACAGACAAGCGGUUUCAGCCGGUGCACGACCUCACUAUCGGUAAGGCUCCUCUAUAUCACACGUCAUUAUUCAUUAUAAGGUUUAACGACCGACUGUGAUUGAAAUGUAUCCUGCAUAUAUUAUAUUAUAUUAUUAUUAUUAUUAUAUUAUAUUAUAUAUCCGCACUGCCUAGCUGUACUGGAGGGACCUCAGUUAAAUCAUCUCAUCAUUCGGCUCAGAUCCCCUCAUCGUAUUCAUUCAUUUCUAAAGGAUUUUCAUCCCUCGCCUCUGGUCUAACCUGUGAAGAUGAGGGAGAUGUGUUGGCAUUAGGAGAGAGCUGGAUGUAUUAGCAUUUUAAUGAUUUCAUGUGUACCGGUUUGGCCAGUGUCUGACAGUGUAGUAGAUGAGACCAUCUCAGCUGUAACCAUUAUACACCAUUUGGCUUUUAGCUAGGGCGUAUUUGUGGUGGAAGCAGGUAGCUAGCUUAUGAUUAAGACCAGGUCUUUUCCCUGACCAAAUUACCUGACCAUUAAACACUAGCCUAGAACUAGGGCCCAUGUUUUUUUUUCUGGUCAGAUCACGUGGUCAUGAAAAACUCCUGGACCAACUCAGUGUUUUCAGCAGGAGUUGUAGACUGACAGUUUAACCUGGUGGUGGUGGGUGUCUUUCCCAGGUGUGGAGUUUGGGGCGAGGAUGAUCACUAUAGACGGUAAACAGAUCAAGCUGCAGAUCUGGGACACGGUAAGAUACCUGCCCUGUACCACAUGAACAGAUGUGAUUUUACCUGAAUACAGGCGACUCCUUGGUGGUAUUCAUUAGGGCACAGUGUAGCACAAUAUUUCAAAACGUUGUGCAACUGAAAUUGACGUUGUGCAACGCCUUGGGACUGUUUGUGAUAGCAUCCUGUUAUCCGGAACGAUUAAGUAAAAUGUAUUAAUGUCCUGCCCAGAGUGGCUGAAAACACGCUUUGGUCAUUUCACUUCCUUAUGUUAUAAACACAUUUACUAAGACAACUGUGAUUCAUAUAUGAUGAAUUAACAUUAUAUCCAAAAAGUCUGAUUUUGUAACCUAAUACUACAUCCGAUAAUAAGCACAAGCUCUGUUGACAGAGCGGUGCCGCUUUCUCGCUGCGACUUUUGAGGAUUUUUACAUGUGGUGGUCGUCUGCAAAGUUGUUUCCGCGGGUCGCAAAAAUUACAUGACAUGAGUGGAAUUAUUUGUAAAAGGCUUUGAAAAUAAAUAAAAACAAGUUACGCUCAGUGGUCCGUUGACAUUUCAGACAUACGCUUGUUUUUGUGAGACAUUUUCGAACAAUAACAGGAAUUUCGCAUUAAUGAAAAGCGUAUACUAAAAUAUGUAAUGUCUCAAAAUCGAUAUCAAUCUUACCUCUAUUGUUUUAUGUCCUCCGGAUUUGGAGAAGAAAGAUGACGAGUCCAACGGUGAGCCUCUCAGGUAGUCUUAACUCUCUCACAGCAUCCAGUCUAGCUGACGCAAUGCUAAUUUCAUGGUUUCUGACCACUUUUUUUGUCACCCUAAUCUUGGCCAUCCUACAAGGAUAAACACUAAAAAUGUUGAACAGAUUAUGAUAGAGAUUGAGGUUUGGACUACUGGUUUUCUUAGAGGAGUGUCUACACAAUUAACAUAUUAUUUUUCAAAAAAAAAUUUUUUUUAUUGGACACCCUAAAUGUAUCUAGUAUUAUACUGUCCCGAUUCAAUUAAAUGGAACUUGAAUUUAUCUGAAUUGCACUUAUCAGGAGUAAACUGUAAUCAUUAAUGUAUGAAUACUGUUUUUCAAAGUGAUAAAAAUAUUUUCCACGUAGUGAUGAUCGCAUCUAUAUCGUAUGAUGCCAGUGGCACCCACUCACAGUGUGUAAUUCACCCAAUUUAACCCAACAAGUCUAAUAAGUUGUAUUUUCUUUGAAGUCUUAAACACACACAGCAUUUAAAUAGUCUUAAAUAUUAGAUCCAAUAUGGUGUAUCUCCCUAAUGGACUCUUGUACAGCAGGACUAGCUAUUUUUUCCCCCUUUGACAUGUAGUGAACAUUUCGUUCAGCACGUGUGUCAGCAUGGACAUGUUGCAAAGGAAAAUAAUGACAGCGCCUACACAACAGCAUGUCAGUUCGCUGUUCACACGUUUCACCCUCUUUUCAAAUAAUCUCUCAGCUUUGUCCUUGUGAGAAGUUUUCUAUUUUGAAUUUGACUGGUGUUUUAGAAGUGAAGUGUGAAGUGAUAAUUAAGAUUUCCCAUUGUGGCCUUCUGGUGAUUCCCUGUGCAGUGCUGAGAAAAUAUGAACACAACAGGAGAUUAUCUGGUGUAGGAGUAGUAUGACAAUUGGCCUGUAGGGGGAGACACAGCCCUACAAAUACGAAUAGAAUCCACAGCAGUAAAGCUGAUGGAUGGUGGUGGUGGUCCUAGGCCCUAGAAAGGCCUUCUGGGCCACAGAUGUAGAGCCUGCUGCUGCUGUGUGCUUACUAGGCCACAUGGUAACUUGGGUGCAUUUUGGUUGAUGUAAAGGGGAAAGGCUGGAAUUCAGCAGAAAUAGAUGCGGAGAGAGAUGGGGCGGUAGGUAGCCUAGCAAGCGGUUAGUAACUGAAAGGUCGCUGGUUCGAAUCACCGAGCCGACCAGGUGAAAAAUCUUCCGAUGUGCCCUUGAGAAAGGCACACAACCCUAAUUGCUCCUGUAAGUCACACUGGAUAAGAGCGUCUGCUAAAUGACGUAAAUGUAAUAUCUGGAGAUAAAAACGACAACCUUUGAUUGCGAACUUUGGUUAUCAACCUAAUAAAAUCUUAUGGGUAUUUUCAACACACCACUAUGAAUAUCCCUUCCAUUAGAAGACAGUCACAAUCAAACACAGGGUGUGUGUACUGGCCGUGUAGCCUUAUCAGUGUGUGGGUGUCCGUGUGUGUGAGCACUGGAGGAGGAGCCGGGAGGCACUGCCUGCCCUGGGGGUGAUGUAAUAGCCCAAAUCUGCAUUUCUGGCCUUCCUGUAACCUUUGAGCUCUGGCAGAUGGCAGGCAUAAAAGUGUCAUUCAUCAUUUAUUCACAAUGGCCUCCAUUAGCUCCAAUGUUAGCAGCUGCCUCGGGGGACUGUUGCCACGGACUAACUGAGGGACUGACUGGGCCUUAUUGAAUUCAAAUGUGCUAGAGCGUUAGCUGCCUGGCUCGCACUCACCUGCUGCUAGGCCAGAGGAGAACAGAAUCAAGGCUCAAUAGUCCUCAGCCGUUAGCCAGGGAAGAGGGAAGCCAUCUUAUAACACAAUGACAAUAGUAUCUAUCGACAGAUCUGGUCUGCCUGCCUGCUAUACAAACCAACACUGACUGUGGAGAGCGAGAGAAUGGGGAGUUGUGAUUGGCCAAAGUGGUAGAAUGUUAUAUUAUGGGCUGUGUGGAACACAGUAGGCCCCUUGUUUGUGAGGAGUCAGUCAGUCAGGGAUGCAGAGAAAGAGAGGAGCCUUUUGUACACAGUGACAGGGGCUUGCCUGUGCUCUGCCAAGCUGCAGAGGGAAAACCAGGAAGCUUGGUUUUGGAGUAAUGGCUCUCUAGUUGGGAAUUUCUAUGGUGUUAGGAAUGUGUAUAGAUUAGGGAAAGGCACUGGGAAACCUGGACUGGAGGAGUGGGGUAGGCACUAGGCAGGUCAUGAAUGAGUAAAACAUUGCUAGUUCCAGGAGUUUUUCAGGACUUGGGCUCAUAAAAAAAACCCUGACCCUACUAAUACGGUAUACCAGACACUGUAUUGGUAUGAACAGCAUUUGGUCUGUCCCAACGUACCCUUGAGCACUUAGAGUAAGACUCCUUUAAGAGUUGAUACUAUAUUCAGCUUACUACUACUGUUUUUCCCUGCUGUGUGCUCACUGCGCUGCGUUGUAGUGCGCUGCCAGACUCCGGACGUGCAGUCUCAUUCAAAUAUGCUAAACCAUCGUUUGUGACAUCACGAUGUCGUCACCAUCGACGAUGGCUGUCAAACAAUCGUCGAUAGACGAUGCAAUCGUAAAAUAGCCUAACCCUACUACUACUGCUACUACUGUUUUGUAGUACUGCUGGCUCUUCUUUGUACCCUUUAACUAUAGGUUGCUAUGCUUCUGUGCUGAGGUUUGUCUUUGUUUUAACUGAGCAUCUGUGUGUGUGUACUAUGUCUGUUUGUCUUUGGUGCUAAUUGUGUGUGUGUGUUUCUCAGGCCGGCCAAGAAUCCUUCCGCUCAAUCACCCGGUCCUACUACAGAGGGGCAGCCGGUGCCCUGCUAGUGUACGACAUCACAAGGUCAGUCUGGUAGCCAUUUUCUCCCCAGGCCUUAUCAUUCUAUAUAAACACUAGGGCUACUUUGGCAACUAAGUCAACUUUCCUCACCCAAGGUCCUACCCUACGGUUCAGGUCACGACUGUUGCUCUUAACAAAUAAUGGAUUUUUAAUGCUUUUGUGUAGGAGGAAAGGUCAUCUCUUAUCCAGCUAAUUCAGUUUAACCAUAGUUCGAGCGACUGAGAUUGAUGUUUGUAUAAUACAUUUGGGAUUUCAUUGAAUGCAAUGUCUCCCACCCAAUGUCCUUAUUUUGCUCAUGUAGGUCAAAUUUUGUUGUUACGGAAGGGACCUACAUUCACCUAAUGAAUUACGUUAGUUUACUAGGAAAGGACAAUGUAUUGUGUUCUUAUGCUCAAUGUUGCUCGUCUGUUCCUGUUUUACAGAAGGGACACCUUCAACCACUUGACAACGUGGUUAGAGGACGCUCGCCAACAUUCCAACUCCAACAUGGUCAUCAUGCUCAUUGGGAACAAGAGGUCAGAUUCAUCUCCUUGUCACUCAUGGUUACCAAACAACCCUGUCAUGGUUGUCAUGGCUACUAAACGUGUUACUAAACUGGGUGCGCCUCAAAGGUCUGAAAUGGCACCCUUUCGUCAUUUCCUCUUCUUCAUCAAUAUAUCUGAAAGUGUAGGUUAUGUAAAAUCAAAAUGGUGGAUGCUUGAGUGUGUAAUUUGCUUUCACCAGGUCAAUUUUAUGAUACAAUUGCCGAUGAAGGAAAGGAAAAAGGGAGCGGAAGUCAUUUUUGACAAUUGAGAUGCACCCACCCAGUUUCACAGCCCCUGCUCCCUGUGUGUGCUCUUGUCUCCUCUAGUUAGAUGACAUAUCUCCUAACUGGCAAAAGUGACAGAAUGAAUUAACAGAUAAUUUGGUGCAAAACACAAGACCAUACUAGCGUAACACAGGGCUAUGGUACUGUGUAUAUCAACUGUGGGUUUUUUGUUCACAUAGUGACCUGGAGUCCAGGAGAGAGGUGAAGAAGGAGGAGGGAGAGGCCUUUGCCAGAGAGCACGGCCUCAUCUUCAUGGAGACCUCCGCCAAGACUGCAUCCAACGUAGAAGAGGUACCUCUUGCUCACACUGUGCUAUUUAUUGUGUGUGUGUUAUGUCAACAUCAUUUUCUCACACUCACACGUUUGCCUAUUAAUAUACCCCCCUUUCUUGCUCUGACAAAUAUACACACACACACACACACACACACACACUCCAAUGCACACAUGCAUGUCUGUUCUCCAGUGUGCUGGGUAGCCAGGCUCUAUUUCUGAGGAUUUAAGGCAUGGAGAGACUGGUUUAUGGAAACCCCCUCCCCCUGCAGAAACCCCUGGUAUGAUUAAUUUGUCUCAUUAGUGUCCCCUGAAUCCUCCCGAUACCUCUCCUCCUCCAUCUCCUUCCCCCUCUCCCUCACUGCGACGUGACGUGUACAUCGCCCACUUAUAGCUCAUCCAUAUUCAUAACGUCCCCUCCCCUGUCCUCCGCGACAGCCGAAAGCCAAUCAGGCCUCAUCUUUUAGACGGUAUGGUGGGUGGGUGGACAUUCUUUAUAUUUCAUUGACCCUGUGCUCCUACAGUAAGCACUAUAUGAAGAGAGAUGUGCUCUCUGCCUGUGCUGAGGCUAAUGCUGGGUCCCUGGGUUAUGCCCUGGGCCUCUAUGGCCAGGUGGGGGCGCUCUGCCUCAGGCGGAGGGAAACACAUCUGUUGCUGUUUAACAUAUUAAUGCGUGAAGAGGCAGGGAGGGUAGAGACAGGACCAGGUCGGGGUCUCCUGAGCUGAGGUGGACAUUUGUUUUCAGAUUCUGCAGCAGGCCUCAUUCCGUGCUAAAAAUAUGAAUUUCAGUCAGCAUUUACUGUAGAGGAGGGCCCUGCCCUAGACUCGUUUUUGAGGUGUACAUAAGGUUAUGAUUAUACGGCCUAAACUGGGGUGUAAAUUCAGGCUAAAACUAAGGCUAAAACUCCCAAUUCAAUGGUCUUCAAAUGUUUGUACUGUACAACCGAAAGAAACUGAUCAUCUCUGUUUAUACGUCUGCUCGCGUCGUUUGUACAGCGGAGCGCUGUAGAUUUAUUUUCUGUGGCAACAAGCCAGAGCCUCAUGAGCUAAUGCUACUCAUCCUAAACUCCUGUAUAUCCCACUCUUUAGGGCUUAUUCAGUCAACGAGACCCACAUAUAUUGGUUUGAUUGGUCCGAGGCUUGAUAUCUGGCAGGCUUGCCGAUUUUUAUAAUCUAUUAUAACUGUCACGUCUAGGUUGUGUGGAUUUUAGCUCUGAUCCUGUACUAAUUAGUCUAUGUCUUUCUUCUUUUCAGGCAUUCAUCAACACAGCGAAGGAGAUAUACGAGAAGAUUCAGGAGGGUGUCUUCGACAUCAACAAUGAGGUAAUUUGACAUGAGAGAAACACAUUUGGUGUCCAUUUUGUACACUGCAGCUUUGACAAAUACCAUCUUCUUGACAUAUCUUGACUUUUUCGUUAUAAGUCAUCAACUGAGGUAUGGCCAAGUGGUCAAACGCCCUUGCUCCCUUCGUAGUGGCCUAAGCCCACGUCAUAAACAGAGUGAAGAGGAGUAAAUAAGGAUAAAACCUUGACAGAACAGCCAUUGGAUAUAGUCCUAUCUAACAAAGGUCAUUUUGAAGGCCAGAACGCCAUUGUGUUAGCUAGCUAACCCUAUUACGUAGCCACAUAGUUCUGAGAGACGAUGCGUCCUUCUCUGCACUUCAUAUUUUGGAGGCAGCGUCUCCGCCUCGGCUUAUUUGCAGCAGCCCACACUCCAUCGCUCUCUAAAGGAGGGAGAGAAGAAGCGGAGCAGGUUCCAGUCUGCCGAGCCAAGCAAAACUUCCACCGUUUCUCCCUUCUCCUCUCCCUCCUUCCCUCUCUCCACUAGCCCUGGCAACUGGCCAGCGCAUAAAUUCCUCACAUCCCACAAGGUUACAGCCAGCCUGAAGGAGGCGAGCCCCUGAGCAGCCAUUGGGUAUGCUUUUUAUUAGAGUAGUAGGAAAGAGUACAAAAAAGAAAGAGGGGAGAGAGAAAAAGCGAGGCCAGGCACACGGUCCAAACCGCAUCAGCUGACUGACGAAGGGGGAAGCCCUGGCUAGAAUCCCCCACGCUCACUGGCAAACGUAGUGAGGAACCCCCUCCACCUCCUCCUCUUCCCUUAACACUAUAAAUCUGAUUUAGAGCGAUGCAGAGUUUCCUUAAGAGCUACUACUACUGCUGAAAGUCACAGCGGCCCAGGCUCACAAUGGAGUGCCGCCUUUCAGCCGUUCUGCGCUCUCUUCAGCCACUGAAGGGCUGGGGAGAUGAAAGCAGUGCAAUGGAUGAAAGUGCUGCUUGCUGCUGCUGAGUGUGCCUGUGUACGUUAGUGUGUGUUUGUGUGGGAGAGAUGAUGUGUACAAAGGACUGUGAGCCAAAGAGAAUUUGCCACCAUUGAUAUUGGUUGUUAUGAUGUCCAUUUCAUCCACCCCAUAAAAACACAAUCCUCAAAUCACACCUGACCACCAUCACGUUCCAUUUUCCUGACUGCCUGAAUCCACUAACCGGUUGCAUUGUGUUGUGGUUUUGUCUCGGCAGGCUAACGGCAUUAAGAUCGGGCCCCAGCACGCUGCCACCAACUCCACUCUCUCUGGUAGCCAGGGGGGUCAACAGGCCGGGGGGGGAUGCUGCUGAACACCCCUCGCCCCCAUGUCUCAUACCCCUCCCAACCACCCCACCUUGCCCCGCCCCUUGCGUUUCUACUGGACUGGUCGGGCUCACUAACAUUUUCUUAACCCCUCCCUCCCCACAGCCUUGCCAACAGAGAGUCUAAUCUUACACUAGGUGGCUGUCAGUCAAAAAUACCAAGCAAAACACGUUAAAGUACCCCGGUCCUGGGGCAAAACGCUCCCCUGUAUAAGAGCAUUGGAGCCUGUCUUGGUUGUAGAUUGAUAGGUUGUUACUAUUGUGGUAAAACAGGCAGGAUGCUUUAGGACCGGGACUCAUCAUAUCUAUCUAUCUGUCAGCCAGUUGUGGAUCAUGUCUCUUGUUGUUUUUUUUUACUCCCAAGUAAGGAUUUUGUUUUGUUUUUCUUUGUGCCCUUUUGACUUAAAAGCUUAAUUGUAUUUAACACUACAAGGUUGGUCAUCGAUAGUAUUUUAAUCGGUUUCAUGUGGGAGAAAGAAAGCUUUGGGAAAGUGGGGUGAACUCGAAGUUUGAAAUAAAAGAGAAGCAACGGCCAUGUCUAAAGUGAAGUUAAAAGAAGAAAAUAGAUAAAAAGCAGGACUGUUUUCAUUCUGUAUUUAUCAGUCACAUUCUGUAUAUAUAGUUAUAGUUAUCCUUUCUUACUUUGGUGUGUGUUGACCAAGCUAGAAUUCUUUGAUGAAUUUGUUGGGGAAAUCUAUACUGUACGAAUAGAGCUUGAAACUGCAACAGUAUUGCUAAAAAAAAACUGCUUUGACACAAUUUUAAGAUAUUUUACGUAAUUGACUUUGUUUGUCCUGCCACCUGCCUUCCUCCUCUCUAUCUCUGUGCCCUAGAUCUACAAUGACUGUGUAUAGAAACUUUGGCUCAAUAUUCUGCAUCUAUCUAUUUUAAUGCCAACAUUUUGUGUUUACCUGUGUUCAAUAACCACAAACCCCAGAAUUUGAUCACCUCUGCUCGGGAAAGAGAUCGCAGCUGUUUGCCUUAAAAUGUAAAUGUAAAUGUUAACGGAAAGAUUGGGACAGCAGAAGAAAAUAUGAGAAAAACAUAAUCAGGUUGCGAAGGAAUCAUUCCAGUAACUACAUUUUGCAUAUUCUUAUACAUGCAUACAUGCUUAUAGACACAUUAUUACAUAAAACACACAUUGCAUACUCUAAAUGUAUACAUGCACAUAUUUAGAAAGUACAUGCAUGCUUAAAUGCAUACAUGUAUACUUACACACACACAAACAAACACGCACACACAACCUGUGUAUGUCUAUUUAUACAUACAAGCCUGCAUAUAUAUAUAUAUAUAUAU